UCCAAACCCAACAAAACAUGGAGGAAACUAAAAGGAUGGGUAGCAGCAGCCUGGCUUCUUGCUUCAUCUUCCUACUUCUUCUCUUGCCAAUUCUUAAGUUUGGCGAAGGAAAUACCGAAGCCUUAGAUGAAAGUGAAGAGAAGAAGGAUCCCAUGCUCAUAAAAAUGGUGACCAAAAUAGACCCAAAACUCAUAGUUUUCUUCACCAUAAAUGACCUAAAACAAGGCAAAAAACUCCCAAUUUACUUCCCCAAAAGAGACCCAUCAAAAUCCCCUCCAUUAUUACCCAAACAAACCCCUAAUUCAAUCCCUUUCUCCCUCAAAAACCUCCCUCAAAUCCUCUCCUCCUUCUCCUUCCCCCACGCCUCCCCUCAAGCCCAAGCCAUCCAACAAAGCCUCCACCAAUGCGAGCUCAAACCCAUCAAAGGCGAGACCAAAUUCUGCGCCACUUCCAUGGAAUCAAUGCUAGCCUUUGUAACCACUGCCUUGGCCACAAAACCCCCUCUCAAGCUUCUCAAAACGUCCCAUCUCACAAACUCCAACGUCCAUUUCCAAAACUACACGUUCCUCGAAGCCCCUAAGCAAAUUGCAGUCCCGAGGCUCGUGGCGUGUCACACCAUGCCAUAUCCAUUCGCUGUUUAUUAUUGCCAUUAUCAAGAAGGUGACAAUAGUGUGCUGAAAAUUGCUUUAAAAGGUGAUAAUGGAGACUUAGUUGAUGCAUUGGCGAUUUGUCAUAUGGAUACCUCCCAGUGGAGCCCUAGUCAUCCGUCGUUUCGUGUCCUUAACAUCCAACCUGGGUCUGUCCCUGUUUGCCAUUUCUUCCCUUCCGAUGAUCUCGUGUGGGUUCCUCAAGGUUAGGUCAAAGGUUCGAAUACUCCUACUCCUGUUCGUCAAAUUCAAUAAUGAAGAAAUAAUAGUCCGAUCAUACACGUGGCUUUCAAGCAGUGAACAUGUGGGUGGGUCUAAGUUUGAUUUCCACCUUUUAAAUUAUGUAAUGCAUAAAAAUAAAAUAAAUUGAAAUAUCCUUCAACUUUAUCUAAUCAA